CAUGUGUGGAUGCGGCGUUAAACCAGCAUCUACGAGAAAAAUUUACUCUUCGUAGGUAUGUACGUACUCAUAAGCUGCCAUAGUCUAGUGUCAACGGUCAAGUGUGAUUGUCACUGUUGGUCUACCAUACGAAUCAAGAUGAAGAUGGCUGGCACGACGACUUCCAGCGAUACAAGCGCAGGAACUGGUCGACCACGCGAACGCGAAAUUGAAAGGUCCUACAGUAGCGACGCGUUCCGAGAAAAAUUUCAAAUGAAAAAGGAGCUCGGCUUACUGGAGGGAGUCGCCAUCAUUUUGGGAAUUAUUCUAGGAUCGGGCAUAUUCAUAUCGCCGAGCGGCGUUUACGAAGAGGCCGGGUCGUCCGGCUUCACAUUGGUCAUAUGGGUGCUAUGCGGCGUUUUGUCUAUGAUAGGCGCCAUGUGUUACGCUGAACUGGGCACUUCUAUACUCAAAUCGGGAGGCGAUUACGCCUACAUUCGCGAAGGUUACGGCUCAUUACCAGCAUUUCUUUUCUUGUGGGAUGCUGUCAUUGUGUUUGUACCAACAACGAACGCUAUAAUGGGCCUGACUUUCGCCAAUUACAUCACGCAACCCUUUUUCCCUGGCUGUGCUCCGCCUGACACCGCCAUUAGAUUGCUGGCUGCCGUCAUCAUUUGUUUUUUGACGUUCAUCAAUUGCUAUGACGUGAAGCUAACCACUCGAGCUCAAAAUAUAUUCAUGUUUGCCAAAAUUGGCGCUGUGUCUGUGAUCAUAGUCGUCGGACUAGCAGCCUUAUAUUUCAAUAAAGGCGCCAAUUUUGAGAAUCUGUGGCAAGGCACAACCAACAACCCUGGCAAAAUGGCGAUAGCGUUUUAUUCAGGAAUAUUCUGCUAUUCUGGAUGGAGUUAUUUAAAUUUCAUGACCGAAGAGCUAAAGGAUCCUCAUGUCAAUCUUCCAAGAGCUAUUUACAUUUCUGUACCGAUCGUCACAUUGAUUUAUGUACUGGCCAACGUCGCUUAUAUAUCCGUACUAACUCCUCAAGAAAUGAUAUCAUCUCACGCCAUCGCAGUCACAUUUGCCGAGCAUAUUUUUGGCUCAUUCACCUGGAUCAUGUCGUUGAUGGUUGCCGUCGGAGCAGCUGGUAGCUUAAGCGUACACAUUAUGACUUCUUCGCGCAUGUGCUUUGUGGGUGCUCGAAGUGGUCAUUUUCCAGUCAUGUUAUCCUAUAUAAACAUCCAUAAGCUAACACCUACUCCUUCUUUGGUGUUCAUGAGUAUUUUAUCGUUGGUGAUGCUAUGUACUAGCGAUAUUUAUGUAUUAAUUACAUAUUCGAGUUUUGUCGAGUCCUUCUUCAUAAUGCUAUCCGUGUUCAGUGUACUACUUUCGAGAUGGAAUAAGCCUAAUUUACAACGUCCCAUCCGAGUGCCACUCGUUGUUCCUAUAAUUUUUGUUAUUGUGAGCUUAUUUUUGGUAAUACUGCCGUGCUACGUGCGGCCAGUGCAGGUCGCAAUUGGCGUAUCAAUAACACUAGCGGGUUUGCCAGUGUACUUCCUUUUCAUACAAUCUCCUCACAGGUCCAGCUGGUUCCAUAAUAUCAUUGAGGAGUCGACGCGGGCUGUUCAAAAAUUAUUUUUGUGUACUUGCGAAGAUGAUGCGUGAAAGCAGCGCAGUUCUGCGCCAUACUCGUACCGAAUUAUUUUCCGUUCUGUUCUGUUCAAUUAAUUUCAUCUACGAGUACUACAUGUUACCGCUCCGAGAGGGUGCGAUUACACUCGUAAUUACUUAUUGCCAUUAAGCAAGAUUAUUUUGCGGAGAAUUACCUUUUACGAGUCGUGUGUCUAGGUACUUGCCCGCAGCUAUUCCAUACCAAGGCUCAUAUAGGAGUAACACUCUGGGUGAGAUUCCUGACAGUUCCCUGGGAUCUUUCUUUAUCAGCCAUAAACGUCAGAUAUUGUCCACUCCUGUGAUUAUUUGAGCACUUGCUCCUAUUGAGUCAACCUCUCGACACUGUCGACAGCUUUGACUCACUGAGGUUAAUUUGGCAAUGGUGUAGAAAUCAUCUGCAGGGUUUUCCCCUUGUGGUCUUAUUGUUGAGGCCUGCACACCAUAUUGUGCCUCAAAGCACCCAUACUGAUACCAAGAGGUGUAUUCUCCACAAUUUGAUUCAUAUUUAUGAAACUUUUAUCUGGACUUGAAUUAACUGCACCUACUUAUGUAUUAGUUUUAAGUUGAAUUAUUAUUUUUUCUCUGGAACUACUCGACCAACUGCUUUGAAAAUUAUAACAUAGAUUCUUCUUGA